AUGGCAGAAAGCAACUGCACGCGAGUGACUGAGUUCAGAUUAACAGGGUUCUCAGAGGACCCAGGGAUUCAGGUCACCCUCUUUCUGAUAUUUCUCAUCACCUACCUUGUUACCAUCCUGGGGAACCUUGGGAUGAUUGUGUUAAUCAGGGCCAGCCCUCAGCUCCACUCCCCCAUGUAUUAUUUCUUGGGUAACCUGGCUUUUGUAGACCUCUGUUCUUCCACCGUCAUCGCCCCCAAGAUGUUGGUUGACUUUAUAUCAGAGAAGAAGGGCAUCGCUUAUGCUGGGUGCGUGGCUCAGGUGUUCACUUUUGAUCUUUUUGGGAUGACCGAAUGCUUCCUGCUGGCUAUGAUGGCGUACGACCGUUACGUGGCCGUUUGCCAUCCCCUGGUGUAUCACCUUGUCAUGCCCCCAAAAUGCUGUUCCCAGCUGGUGACUGGGUCAUAUCUUGUGGGGCUGACAAACGGCAUGGGACAGACGUUCUGCAUGGCCAAUUUAUCCUUCUGCGGCUCCAGCAUCAUCAACCUGUUCUUCUGUGACAUUUCCCCUCUGAUAUCACUCUCAACCUCCGACACCACCCUCAGCCGCAUCAUCCUAAGAACUUCAGCAUCUUUAUUCGGUGUGUCCAGCAGCCUGGUUGUGCUGGUUUCCUACGUGGCCAUCAUCUCUGCCAUCCUGAGCAUCAGUUCAACCAAGGGCAAGCACAAAGCCUUCUCCACCUGCGCCUCCCACCUCACCGCUGUGAGCAUCUUCUAUGGGACAUCGCUUUUUAUGUACUUAAAGCCCAGCUCAGACAGCUCAAGAGAAGAUAAAUGGGCUGCGGUGCUCUACACUGUGGUGACUCCCAUGCUGAACCCUUUGAUCUACAGCCUGAGGAAUAAGGAGGUGAAGGAGGCUUUGAGGAGAGCUGUGCUGCGGGAAACCGGCGGUUAGCGGCGUCUAACGGCCCUCGCUGGCUUCUGUGGGAUUAACACCUGACUGUGAGGGUGGUGGGAAACACCUCAUGCGGCUCCAGGAGAGUUACAGAGGGGAGAAGGAGCAUCCAGCAUCGCAGCCCCCUGUUCCUGGUGGGUCAUGGUGAACCGGCAGCGAAGAGGCCGGCGCCUCGCAUCUCAUUUCGCGUUCACGCUGAUUUGCUGCCAAUUGCUUUGGAGCUCCUCUCCUCUGAAAGGGCAGGAGCUGCUGCAGCUACAGCUGCGUCCUUGGAAAGGUGCUUUAGCUUGUCCUCGUGUCACAUUAAAUGCUCCAGGACUCUGGA